GGCCGAGGCAGGUAUAACGGUACCGGCGGAGGCAGUGCCUCUGCUCUUCCCUUCUCCCCAGGAGGGGGACAAAUGGCGAGCGAGAAGCCGGGCCCAGGCCCCGGGCUCGAGCCCCAGCCCGUGGGGCUCAUCGCCGUCGGGGCCGGAGGCGGAGGCGGCGGGGGCAGCGGCGGUGGCGGCAGCGGGGGCAGCGGGAUGGGAGAGCUGAGGGGGGCGUCCGGCUCCGGCUCGGUGGUGCUGCCCGCGGGGAUGAUUAACCCUUCCGUGCCGAUCCGCAACAUCCGGAUGAAAUUCGCAGUGUUGAUUGGACUCAUACAGGUCGGAGAGGUCAGCAACAGGGACAUCGUGGAGACGGUGCUCAACCUGCUGGUUGGCGGAGAAUUUGACUUGGAGAUGAACUUUAUUAUCCAGGAUGCUGAGAGUAUAACAUGCAUGACAGAGCUUUUGGAACACUGUGAUGUAACAUGUCAAGCAGAAAUAUGGAGCAUGUUUACAGCCAUUUUACGAAAAAGUGUUCGGAAUUUACAGACUAGCACAGAAGUUGGGCUAAUUGAGCAAGUAUUGCUGAAAAUGAGUGCUGUAGAUGACAUGAUAGCAGAUCUUCUAGUUGAUAUGUUGGGGGUUCUUGCCAGCUACAGCAUCACUGUCAAGGAGUUGAAGCUUUUGUUCAGCAUGCUUCGAGGAGAAAGUGGAAUCUGGCCAAGACAUGCUGUAAAAUUAUUAUCAGUUCUUAAUCAGAUGCCACAAAGACAUGGUCCUGAUACUUUUUUCAAUUUCCCUGGUUGUAGUGCUGCGGCAAUUGCAUUGCCUCCUAUUGCAAAGUGGCCUUAUCAGAAUGGCUUUACUCUAAAUACUUGGUUUCGUAUGGAUCCAUUAAAUAACAUUAAUGUGGAUAAGGAUAAACCUUAUCUUUAUUGUUUUCGUACUAGCAAAGGAGUUGGUUACUCUGCUCACUUCGUUGGCAAUUGUCUAAUAGUCACAUCACUGAAGUCUAAAGGAAAAGGUUUUCAGCACUGUGUGAAAUAUGAUUUUCAACCCCGUAAGUGGUACAUGAUCAGCAUUGUCCACAUUUAUAAUCGAUGGAGGAACAGUGAAAUUCGGUGUUAUGUUAAUGGACAACUGGUAUCCUAUGGUGAUAUGGCUUGGCAUGUUAACACAAAUGAUAGCUAUGACAAGUGCUUUCUCGGAUCUUCAGAAACUGCUGAUGCAAAUAGGGUGUUCUGUGGUCAGCUUGGUGCCGUGUAUGUAUUCAGUGAAGCGCUCAACCCUGCGCAGAUAUUUGCAAUUCAUCAGUUAGGACCUGGAUAUAAGAGCACCUUCAAAUUUAAAUCUGAGAGUGACAUUCAUUUGGCAGAACAUCAUAAACAGGUUCUGUAUGAUGGGAAACUUGCAAGUAGUAUUGCAUUUACAUAUAAUGCUAAGGCCACCGAUGCUCAGCUAUGCUUGGAAUCAUCACCAAAGGAAAAUGCAUCAAUUUUUGUUCAUUCCCCACAUGCUCUAAUGCUCCAGGAUGUGAAAGCUAUAGUAACACAUUCAAUUCAUAGUGCAAUUCAUUCAAUUGGAGGGAUUCAAGUGCUUUUUCCCCUUUUUGCCCAACUGGACAAUCGGCAGCUCAAUGACAGUCAAGUGGAAACAACUGUCUGUGCUACUCUUUUGGCAUUCCUGGUUGAACUACUUAAAAGUUCAGUAGCCAUGCAAGAACAGAUGCUGGGUGGAAAAGGCUUUUUAGUCAUUGGCUACUUACUUGAAAAGUCAUCAAGAGUUCAUAUAACUAGAGCUGUCCUGGAGCAAUUUUUAUCCUUUGCAAAAUACCUUGAUGGUUUAUCUCAUGGAGCACCUUUGCUAAAGCAGCUUUGUGAUCACAUUUUAUUCAACCCAGCCAUCUGGAUACAUACACCUGCAAAGGUUCAGCUUUCCCUAUACACUUACUUGUCUGCUGAAUUUAUCGGAACUGCUACCAUUUACACCACCAUACGCAGAGUAGGAACAGUAUUACAGCUAAUGCACACAUUAAAAUAUUACUACUGGGUCAUUAAUCCUGCUGACAGUAGCGGCAUUACACCUAAAGGAUUCGAUGGUCCCCGGCCAUCACAAAAGGAAAUUAUAUCACUACGGGCAUUUAUGCUACUUUUUCUGAAACAGCUCAUACUAAAGGAUCGAGGGGUCAAGGAAGAUGAACUUCAGAGUAUCUUAAAUUACCUACUUACCAUGCAUGAGGAUGAAAAUAUUCAUGAUGUGUUACAGUUACUAGUGGCUUUAAUGUCAGAACACCCAGCCUCAAUGAUACCAGCAUUUGAUCAAAGAAAUGGAAUAAGAGUAAUCUACAAAUUAUUGGCUUCUAAAAGUGAAAGUAUUUGGGUUCAAGCUCUGAAAGUUCUGGGAUACUUUCUGAAGCAUUUAGGUCACAAGAGAAAAGUGGAAAUUAUGCAUACUCAUAGUCUUUUCACUCUUCUUGGAGAAAGGCUGAUGUUGCAUACAAACACUGUGACUGUCACCACAUACAACACACUUUAUGAGAUCUUGACAGAGCAAGUAUGUACUCAAGUUGUACACAAACCACAUCCAGAGCCAGAUUCUACAGUGAAAAUUCAGAAUCCAAUGAUUCUUAAGGUGGUGGCAACUCUGUUAAAAAAUUCUACACCAAGUGCAGAACUGAUGGAAGUUCGUCGUUUAUUUUUAUCUGACAUGAUAAAACUUUUCAGUAACAGCCGUGAAAAUAGAAGAUGCUUAUUGCAGUGUUCAGUGUGGCAGGAUUGGAUGUUUUCUCUUGGCUAUAUCAAUCCUAAAAAUUCUGAGGAACAGAAGAUUACCGAGAUGGUCUACAAUAUCUUCCGGAUUCUGUUGUAUCAUGCAAUAAAAUAUGAAUGGGGAGGAUGGAGAGUCUGGGUGGAUACGCUCUCAAUAGCCCAUUCCAAGGUCACUUAUGAAGCACAUAAGGAAUACCUAGCCAAAAUGUAUGAAGAAUAUCAGAGACAAGAGGAGGAAAACAUUAAAAAGGGAAAAAAAGGGAAUGUGAGCACUAUCUCUGGUCUUUCAUCACAGACUACAGGAGCAAAAGGUGGAAUGGAAAUUCGAGAGAUAGAAGAUCUUUCACAAAGCCAGAGUCCAGAAAGUGAGACAGAUUACCCUGUCAGCACAGAUACUAGAGACUUGCUCAUGUCAACAAAAGUGUCAGAUGAUAUUCUUGGAAAUUCAGAUAGACCGGGAAGUGGUGUACAUGUGGAAGUGCAUGAUCUUUUAGUUGAUAUAAAAGCAGAGAAAGUAGAAGCAACAGAAGUAAAGCUUGAUGAUAUGGAUUUAUCACCAGAGACUUUAGUAGGUGGAGAGAAUGGUGCCCUUGUGGAGGUUGAAUCUUUGUUGGAUAAUGUAUAUAGUGCUGCUGUUGAGAAACUCCAGAACAAUGUACAUGGAAGUGUUGGUAUCAUUAAAAAAAAUGAAGAAAAGGAUAACGGUCCAUUGAUAACAUUAGCAGAUGAGAAAGAUGAACUUCCUAAUAGUAGUACGUCAUUUCUCUUUGAUAAAAUACCCAAACAGGAGGAGAAACUUCUUCCUGAACUUUCUAGCAAUCACAUUAUUCCAAAUAUCCAGGAUACACAAGUACAUCUUGGUGUUAGUGAUGAUCUUGGAUUGCUUGCUCACAUGACUGGUAGUGUAGACUUGAGUUGUACAUCAAGUAUAAUAGAAGAAAAAGAGUUCAAAAUCCAUACAACUUCAGAUGGAAUGAGCAGUAUUUCUGAAAGAGACUUAGCGUCAUCCUCUAAAGGGUUAGAGUAUGCUGAAAUGACCGCUACAACUCUGGAAACUGAGUCAUCUGGUAGCAAAAUUGUACCAAAUAUUGAUGCAGGAAGUAUAAUUUCAGACACUGAGAGAUCUGACGAUGGCAAAGAAUCAGGAAAGGAAAUUCGAAAAAUCCAGACCACUGCUACAACGCAAGCUGUUCAGGGUCGGUCUAUUACACAGCAAGACAGAGAUCUCCGCGUCGAUUUAGGAUUUCGAGGAAUGCCGAUGACUGAGGAACAGCGGCGCCAGUUCAGCCCAGGCCCACGCACUACAAUGUUCCGUAUUCCUGAGUUUAAAUGGUCUCCAAUGCACCAGCGACUUCUCACUGAUUUACUAUUUGCAUUAGAAACAGAUGUACAUGUUUGGAGGAGGUUUUGUCUAAUGCAUGUCCAGGGUUCUAAGACGGAAUUGGAAAAUAUUGAAGUGACACAAGGCAUGUCAGCUGAGACAGCAGUAACUUUCCUCAGCCGAUUGAUGGCUAUGGUUGAUGUACUUGUAUUUGCCAGCUCUCUAAAUUUUAGUGAGAUUGAAGCUGAAAAAAACAUGUCUUCUGGAGGUUUAAUGAGACAGUGCCUAAGGUUAGUUUGUUGUGUUGCUGUGAGAAACUGUUUAGAAUGUCGGCAGAGACAGAGAGACAGGGGGAGCAAAUCUUCCCAUGGCAGCAGUAAACCUCAGGAAGCUCCCCAAAGUGUGACCGCCACAGCAUCUUCAAAGACUCCAUUAGAAAGUGUUCCAGGUAACCUUUCUCCUAUUAAAGAUCCUGAUAGACUUCUUCAGGAUGUUGAUAUUAAUCGCCUUCGUGCUGUCGUCUUUCGGGAUGUGGAUGAUAGCAAGCAGGCACAGUUCUUAGCUCUAGCUGUUGUUUACUUCAUUUCGGUUCUGAUGGUUUCCAAGUAUCGUGACAUAUUAGAACCCCAGCGAGAGACUGCAAGAACUGGAAGCCAACCAGGUAGAAACAUCAGACAAGAAAUAAAUUCGCCAACAAGUACAGUUGUGGUCAUACCAUCUAUCCCUCAUCCAAGUUUGAACCAUGGAUUCCUUGCCAAGUUAAUUCCUGAGCAGAGCUUUGCCCACUCAUUUUACAAAGAAACACCUGCUACAUUUCCAGACACUGUAAAGGAAAAAGAAACACCAACCGCUGGUGAAGAUAUUCAGCUAGAAAGUUCCAUUCCACAUACAGAUUCAGGAAUUGGAGAGGAGCAAGUGGCUAGCAUCCUGAAUGGGGCAGAAAUAGAGGCGGGCCCAGGCCCUGAUGCCAUGAGUGAACUGUUAUCCACUUUGUCAUCUGAAGUGAAGAAAUCACAGGAAAGCUUAACUGAGAACCCCAGUGAACUGUUGAAACCCGCACCAUCCAUAUCUAGCAUUAGUCAAACCAAAGGCAUCAAUGUCAAGGAGAUACUGAAAAGUCUUGUGGCUGCCCCAGUUGAAAUUGCAGAAUGUGGCCCUGAACCUAUCCCAUACCCAGAUCCAGCAUUGAAGAGAGAAGCGCAAGCUAUUCUUCCUAUGCAGUUUCAUUCCUUUGACAGGAGUGUCGUGGUACCUGUUAAGAAGCCCCCUCCAGGUAGUUUGGCUGUAACCACUGUGGGAGCCACUGCUGCUGGAAGUGGGCUGCCAACAGGCAGUACCUCUAAUAUAUUUGCUGCUACUGGAGCUACACCAAAAAGUAUGAUUAAUACAACAGGUGCCGUGGAUUCAGGGUCCUCCUCCUCUUCCUCCUCUUCUAGUUUUGUGAAUGGUGCUACCAGCAAAAACCUUCCAGCUGUACAAACUGUUGCUCCGAUGCCAGAGGACUCGGCUGAAAACAUGAGCAUCACUGCAAAACUUGAAAGAGCUUUAGAAAAAGUUGCUCCUCUUCUUCGUGAAAUUUUUGUAGACUUUGCCCCAUUCCUAUCUCGUACACUUCUUGGCAGUCAUGGACAAGAGCUAUUGAUAGAAGGCCUCGUUUGUAUGAAGUCUAGCACAUCUGUGGUUGAGCUUGUUAUGCUGCUUUGUUCUCAGGAAUGGCAGAAUUCUAUUCAGAAGAAUGCAGGACUUGCAUUUAUUGAACUCAUCAAUGAAGGAAGAUUACUAUGCCAUGCUAUGAAGGACCAUAUAGUUCGUGUUGCAAAUGAAGCUGAGUUUAUUUUGAACAGACAGAGAGCUGAGGAUGUACAUAAACAUGCAGAGUUUGAGUCACAGUGUGCCCAGUAUGCUGCUGAUAGAAGAGAGGAAGAAAAGAUGUGUGAUCAUCUCAUAAGUGCUGCUAAACAUCGAGAUCACGUUACAGCAAACCAACUGAAACAGAAGAUCCUUAACAUUCUCACAAAUAAGCAUGGUGCUUGGGGAGCCGUUUCUCAUAGCCAACUGCAUGAUUUCUGGCGUUUGGAUUACUGGGAAGAUGAUCUUCGCCGAAGGAGACGGUUUGUUCGUAAUGCGUUUGGCUCCACUCACGCUGAAGCACUCCUCAAGGCUGCAGUAGAGUAUGGCACUGAAGAAGAUGUGGUAAAGUCCAAGAAAGCCUUCAGAAGUCAAGCAAUAGUGAAUCAAAAUGCAGAGACAGAACUUAUGCUGGAAGGAGAUGAUGAUGCAGUCAGUCUCCUGCAGGAGAAAGAAAUCGACAAUCUUGCAGGCCCAGUGGUUCUCAGUACCCCAGCCCAGCUCAUCGCUCCUGUGGUAGUGGCGAAGGGGACUCUUUCCAUCACCACGACAGAAAUCUACUUCGAGGUAGAUGAGGACGAUCCUGCCUUCAAGAAGAUCGACACGAAAGCUUUGCGGGUGAAUGCACUGCUACCUUUUGGCAGUUGGAAGAAGAGGAGGCAAAUCAGAACCAGAGAACCCUCGGCCAAGAAGGGGAAGAUUCAGGAGUUAAAAGAGACUACAUUUGUUACCGUUUGCUUAAUUGCUAGGAGGAUAUCACUGGCCACUCCUCGGCAGCUUUAUAAAUCUUCCAACAUGACUCAGCGUUGGCAAAGAAGGGAAAUUUCAAACUUCGAAUAUUUGAUGUUCCUUAACACUAUAGCAGGACGGACAUAUAAUGACCUGAACCAAUAUCCCGUGUUUCCAUGGGUAUUAACAAACUAUGAAUCAGAAGAAUUGGAUUUGACUCUUCCAGGAAACUUCAGAGAUCUAUCAAAGGCCCUGGAAAGUGAAUUUGUUUCUUGCCAGCUCCAUCAGUGGAUUGACCUUAUAUUUGGCUACAAACAGCGAGGACCAGAAGCAGUCCGUGCUCUGAAUGUUUUUCACUACUUAACCUAUGAAGGCUCUGUGAACCUGGAUAGUAUCACUGACCCUGUGCUCAGGGAGGCCAUGGAGGCCCAGAUACAGAACUUUGGACAGACGCCAUCUCAGUUGCUUAUUGAGCCACAUCCGCCUCGGAGCUCUGCCAUGCACCUGUGUUUCCUUCCACAGAGUCCACUCAUGUUUAAAGAUCAGAUGCAACAGGAUGUGAUCAUGGUGCUGAAGUUCCCAUCAAAUUCUCCAGUGACCCACGUGGCAGCCAACACGCUGCCCCACCUGACCAUCCCUGCAGUGGUGACCGUGACCUGCAGCCGGCUCUUUGCAGUGAAUCGAUGGCACAACACAGUAGGCCUCAGAGGAGCUCCAGGAUACUCUUUGGAUCAAGCUCAUCAUCUUCCCAUUGAAAUGGACCCCCUAAUUGCCAAUAACUCUGGUGUGAACAAACGGCAGAUCACGGACCUUGUUGAUCAGAGUAUACAAAUCAAUGCACAUUGUUUUGUGGUCACAGCAGAUAAUCGCUAUAUUCUUAUCUGUGGAUUCUGGGAUAAGAGCUUCAGAGUUUACUCUACAGAAACAGGGAAAUUAACUCAGAUCGUGUUUGGCCACUGGGAUGUGGUCACGUGCCUGGCCAGGUCUGAGUCAUACAUAGGCGGGGACUGCUACAUUGUGUCUGGGUCUCGAGAUGCUACCCUGCUUCUCUGGUACUGGAGUGGGCGACACCAUAUCAUAGGAGACAACCCUAACAGCAGUGACUAUCCAGCACCCAGAGCUGUCCUCACAGGCCAUGACCAUGAAGUUGUCUGUGUUUCUGUCUGUGCAGAACUUGGACUUGUUAUCAGUGGUGCUAAAGAGGGCCCUUGCCUUGUCCACACCAUCACUGGAGAUUUGCUGCGAGCCCUUGAAGGACCAGAAAACUGCUUGUUCCCACGCUUGAUUUCCGUCUCUAGUGAAGGCCACUGUAUCAUAUACUAUGAACGAGGGCGAUUCAGCAAUUUCAGCAUUAACGGGAAACUUUUGGCUCAGAUGGAGAUCAACGAUUCAACCAGGGCCAUUCUCCUGAGUAGCGAUGGCCAGAACCUGGUGACCGGAGGGGACAAUGGUGUGGUGGAGGUCUGGCAGGCCUGUGACUUCAAGCAGCUGUACAUUUACCCCGGAUGUGAUGCUGGCAUCAGAGCAAUGGACUUGUCCCAUGACCAGAGGACGCUGAUCACUGGCAUGGCUUCCGGUAGCAUUGUAGCUUUUAAUAUAGAUUUUAAUCGGUGGCAUUAUGAGCAUCAGAACAGAUACUGAAGACAAAUGAAGAACCAAAAGCCAAGUCAGAGCUGAGAGCACAAGUGCUGCAUGGAAAGGCAAUAUCUCUGGUGGAAAAAACUCGUCUACAUCGACCUCCGUUUGUACAUUCCAUCACACCCAGCAAUAGCUGUACAUUGUAGUCAGCAGCCAUUUUACUUUGUGUGUUUUUUCACGACUGAACACCAGCUGCUACCAAGCAAGCUUAUAUCAUGUAAAUUAUAUGAAUUAGGAGAUGUUUUGGUAAUUAUUUCAUAUAUUGUUGUUUAUUGAGAAAAGGUAGUAGGACGCGUCACAAGAGACUUUUGACAAUUCUGAGGAACCUUGUGUCCAGUUGUUACAAAGUUUAAGCUUUGAACCUAACCUGCAUCCCAUUUCCAGCCUCUUUUCAAGCUGAGAAAAAAAAAAAAAAAACACGUUUGAUACUUUGUACAUCAGAUGCAUCUUAUUUAAAGGGAUACUUUUGUAAAAGUAAAACCUUGUAUAAAGAACAAAACGUUUCUUAAUUUUAUUGUGGAGUUACAACUUGCAUGUUCUUUAAUCCUGAUGUCUUGAUGGAACAGGUGCAUUCACACUAUGAACCAGAAAGAUCUGUCCAAGGACACAGCUUGUAUGAAAGGGUUGAAUUUGGGCUCAAUCAGUAAUUUUUGACAUUUUCACCAAAAUAUGGUUUGCACUUUUUAAUCUAAAUUCAUCCCUUCUCAGUGAAAUUUGCUCAUAAAGCAUUUGGAUACUAAGCCAUUAUUUGCCAUUUUUGCUACUUGAUACAAAGAAAAUUCAGCCUUACCCUUCAUAAUUUGAAGACACAGCAGAAAGGGGGCUUAGGGAUGAGGUCUUGGUUUUUAUUGUAUAAAUAGGAGUCACGAUCGUUAGUUCCAUGGUAAUGACUUCCCAGCUCCUGGGCAUCUCUUCCAGAGUCAUCCUGCUGGUUUAGUGUGUGUACAUUAGGGGAGGAGAAUCUGAUGCUAACUAUUUUUGGUUUUGUUCCUUGGGUUUUUUCUUUUCCUCUUUGGUUCUCGAAUAGCUUAGUUUCUUUAAUAACGAGUCAGACUUUAUUAUAACAAUAACUGAGGCUAUUCUUUUAGGUUCUUGUGCAGUUCUGACCUAAAGCCACAUUCUUAGCCUAAGGCACUUCAUCUUUUAUGAUAUAAAAUGAUGGGUAUCAAAUGAUUUUCCAUACCUUGUACUGAUCAAGUUAUACACCCAGGGGUAUAUACACUUUAUCCAUGUUUCUUCUUUGUAUAUUUGGUGGCUGUAUUGUCAUAGAUGUACAUAUUGUGUCGGUAGGGCUAUGAGGCAUGUUCCAGGAAUGUAAUUUUCUCAGAAUUUAUACUCACUUGCAGUCAUUUAUUUAAAAAGAUACAACAAGAUAAUGGGUUCUUUGUAUUGGCACUUUGCACCAGAAACAUAUCAUUAUUUAUUGAUGUGAUUACUUAUUUGUCAUCCACCUUGUAUUAGUAAGUUUUAGCACUGAAUUCCUUCUUCAUUGUUGUUUGUAUUUAUGAUAUUCUGAAAUUCUGGGGGAUCAGCGUAAUGAUUAAGUUAUUCAUCACCAGGCUGUAAGCAAUAUCUUGAGUUUGUAGCUUAGAAGUGGGAGGAUACCGAACAUCUGGAAGACAAGUUCAUUUCAUCUUGAGAUCAUGGUGAAAUAUUUUGGAUAUAUAAAUUCCUUAAGCUAUUGUAACCAUGUUUUAUUGCAAAGAUGUAAAAUAUGCCAGAUGUGUGUGAGUUGGAAAUCAAAAAAAGAAAAAUAAAAUAUGCAAAGAAUUCA